AUGGGCCCCUAUGUACCCCCAGGUCAAUCGCCACCAUUCGAAGUAGUUGAUGACUUUCACCAUGGGGCGUGGAUAAUAAUAACAGCCGCCUUAGGGCUGGUGGUUUCUCUCGUCUGUUGCUUAAUUCGACUAUAUGUGCGUUUACUGCUGAUGCCGCCACUCGCACGAGAUGAUAUUGUUCUUCUGGGUGCAACUGCUAUCGGCAUCAUUCAAUCAAUCCUCGUCUUCUACGCAUGUUCUCGCGGCUUUGGCACAUCCCUCUCUUUACUAAAUGAACCCCGACUCAGUCAGAUCCAGACAUUAAUCGCUACAAGCGACGUUUUUGCACUGGUGGUAAUCUAUCUCUCGAAAUGCUGCGUCGUCGCUAUCUAUCUCCGUCUCACGCCUCAAAAACCGCAUAACUGGGCUUCGUGGGCAACACUCGCUUUGUGCACGGCGUGGCUUAUACCUGCUGUUUUUAUUUUGCUGGUUAAUUGUGAACUUAAUAGCCCGUGGAGGAUACAGGGUGGUCAGUGUCGGAAUUUGUACCAACGAUGGCAGUUCAUAGCUGCCGUCGAUGUGAUCACGGAAAUCAUCCUCUUCUCAUUAGCUGUCGCUCUUCUCAAAGGACUGUUCAUGUCUGCCAAACGCAAGCUAGGAAUAGGCUUUGCAUUUAUAUUCAGAUUUCCUCUAAUAGUAUUUUCCGUCCUUCAUAUCUCAGCCCUCCACUCCGCUCUCGCCGAUAACGACGUCACCCUGGCAGCCGUCGAGCCUACCCUCUGGCUACAGGUCGAACUGCACUACGCUCUUGUCGCGUGUAGCGUUUUCUGCCUUCGACCGUUCAUGGCUGCUGUGAGCACUAAUUAUGGGACUGCGGGCGACUCCAGCUUGGAGAGUAGUGCCUCCGCAUCACGAUCAAGAGGCACAAAACAGAGUUCCAAAUCCGGGUCUGGGUCUGGCUCAAAUGCAGAAUCUAGAUCUAGGUCUUUGUCUCGGGUUAGGAGGAAGAGAGCGGGGACAGCAACAGGGGCAUUGUUGAGGUCUGGGUCGAAAGAAAAGCUUUGUCAGGAUGGCUGUGAUAGGGGUGUGGGUGAUGAUGCGGGUCUGCUGAAGAAUUCUGCACGGAUGCAUGGUAUUGAGGGUACUGAGGGUGCUGAGGAUGUACGGGCACCUGUUCGGCGAUCUAUGUUCCCGCUUGGAGGCUCUAAGAAACCUGUCAAGGUUGAUAAAGGGAAAGCUGGCGUUCGGGAUCAAGGUGGUUCUGCUCUGGAGUUCGAGUCUGAUGCUUUGGAGCUUAUGCCUCAGUUACAUAGACAGUAUGCUCGCAAGGAUGAGGGGCCUGCUGAAGAUGAUCCGGAUAGGAUGGUUAUCCGGAAAGAGGUUCAGUAUUCUGUUCAGUUUGAACGAGGGGAGGGUUCGAAGCAGGUUUCGACUGAUGCGAUGGCUUAUGUGUAG